CCAUGCCCCCUGAUAGUACUUGCAGGUGGAUGACAGCAGUGCCAGAGGUCGCUGGCUUUGGUUAAGAGGACAGCCAAAAUUGACAAGCGAAUGUGUGUGGGGAAAGCUGGCCGAACGCUGCAUGGAUUGAGCGAAAAAUGCUGGCUGCAAACGCUUCUGCUUCUCUCUCUGUGUUUUUCAACCACUCAUCCUCUCCCUUAUUCUUUUUCUAUCACUCACUCUCCUUCUCCCUCUCUCAAGGAUUGAAGGAUUCAGACUGGUUUAAUACCACGACUGCAGUUAUCCAGCAUUGGCUGGGUUUUAGGACUCAAAUCCCCCCUUCCCUGCUGUGUAAUUUCAUGUGAACAGCAUAAUCUCUUUGCAGUGUGACUGAUGCAUUGGUUUGCAACUUAUCUAUGUGCCGGUUGCUAUGUGACGGCUGGAUUUGUCUGCACCAGAUACAAAUGUGUCGGUUGCUAUGUGACAGAUGCAUUGGUUUGUACAGUAAGGGACAUUGGUUCUUAAUACCACUCCCACCCCUCUGACCCCUCUUUGUCUCCCAGUAGGCUUGAAGCGUGCUGAGCGGACCACAGGGGAGAGGCGGCGAUCGACGAUGGGGUCUCGGCCCCGGCCAACCCCCCUCCCUCUCAGCCGUUUUCACUGGCGUACCUAAGUCGUGAAUCCUCCAUCGGUAGGAGCGGACACCCACAGCCAGCCCGCCGCUCUUCGGGCAAGCAUUCCCGAGAGCGUCUCUGUCAGGUGGUCUUGGUCGACGACAAAGCAGCAGGGAGCCUCGGCACCCCACCCUUUGAGAAAGAUGGGGAGAGCACAAGGGGGGCUUGUCCGCUAGUCCGGGGGACAAAGCGUACAUCUACGUUCGUAUGCCUGCCACUUGCAAACUGGGAAUUACACGGGGACUGAAGAAGCUCCUGAUCGAGAAGCAAGUUACCGUUCCUCAUCGGCGUGAGGGAGUGCCCAAGGCUCGACCCGACCGCAGACACGACCCCCGUGAAUAAAAGCCUCUCUUUGUGUGGUAUCCACGUGGACACUGACGUAGGUCCCUCCCCUCAUCCGGAUGUCCCGUGCCUUCACCUGUUUCGGCCGAAAGGGAAUACGGAGCACUCCUGAUGGCGUGUUAGUGAUCCCCUCCACCCCGAGUGCCUCCUGUAACCAAAAGGAGUGACGUCACCUGCCGGCCCCGUACCCGCCCCCCCCCCCUGGCUGGGGCCCCAGCCAUCUGCGCGGCCUCGAGCGAACGUCCUCGGAGGGAGGGGCCAGGAGAAGAUGUGGCGGUGCGGUGAUAUGCUGAUCGGGCCCCGGAGAACUGGGAGUAACCUCGAAACGGACUGCUGAGUCACAAGCCUCUCUGAGGAACGGGAUGAUGCGUGCCCAUCCCGCGCUGGACGAAGAGUCGACCAUGAGCAACGUCACCGUGCGCGACAUCGCCGAGUCGGAGGGCAGCGCGACGGCGGCCGCCGCGCCCUACCCCGUCAGCUUCCGGGCGUCCGUGACCAGCCUCCUGGUCCUGGAGAUCGUCCUGGGCCUGAGCAGCAACCUGACGGUGCUAGUGCUCUACUGCAUGAAGUCCGACCUCAUCAACUCGGUCAGCAACGUGGUCACGGUCAACCUGCACGUGCUGGACGUGACCGUGUGCCUCGGCUGCAUCCCGCUGACCGUCGCCGUGGCGAUGCUCUCCCUGGCGGCCGACGCCCCGCUCGUCUCCUGCUUCCACGAGGCCUGCGUCUCCUUCGCCAGCGUGGCCACCGCCGCCAACGUGCUGGCCAUCACGCUCGACCGCUACGACAUCUCCGUGCGGCCCGCCAACCGCGUGCUGACCAUGGGACGGGCGGCGGCCCUGCUGGGCGCCGUGUGGGCCGUGUCCGUCUUCAGCUUCCUGGUCCCCUUCGCCGAGGUGGGCUUCUUCAGCCAGGACGGCGUGGGUCAGAACCGGACGAUGGCGCCGGGCCACGGGAGCCCGUACCGGGGCGAGCCGGGCCUGUACUACCACCUGCUGGCCCAAAUCCCCAUCUUCUGCUUCACCGCCGUCGUCAUGCUGUUCACCUACGCCAAGAUCCUGCGGGCGCUCAACAUCCGCAUCGGCACCCGUUUCCACACGGCGCAGAGGAAGACCGCCGUGCACCGGGGCAAGGGCGUCUCCGCGGCGACGCAGCAGGAAGCGGGCGGGGCGUCCCAGGGCGGCGCCGCUCCGGCCCCCGCGGCCGCGGCCGCCGCCGAGGGGGGCCGCAACCCGCCGCUGGGCAUGCGCGCGUCCGUGUCGGUCAUCAUCGCCCUGCGGCGGGCGGUCAAGCGGCACCGUGAGCGGCGGGAGAGGCAGCGGCGGGUGUUCCGCAUGUCGCUGCUCAUCGUCUCCACCUUCCUGCUCUGCUGGACGCCCAUCACCGCGCUCAACGGCGUCAUCCUGAGCGUGGGGCCCGGCGACCUCACGCUGAAGCUGCGGCUGGGCUUCCUGGUCAUGGCGUACGGCACCACCGUCUUCCACCCGCUGCUCUACGCCUUCGCCCGCCAGAAGUUCCAGAAGGUGCUGAAGAGCAAGAUGAAGAAGAGGGUGGUGUCCAUCGUGGAGGCCGACCCUCUUCCCAACAACACGGUCAUCCACAACUCCUGGAUCGACCCCUCGAGGAACAAGACCGUGACUUUUGAGGAGGGUGAUCUGCGGCCGAAAGGCCUCUCCUCUGAAGAGGUGCCCUGAGGGGCCCCCGGGACAACCCCUGCUCAGAGCAGUACAUCCCAUCAGGAAACAGGGUGAACAGGGUAAAGUGGACAACCUACCUACACUGUAAAUGAAAUGUAGACCGGACAAGAAAAUUCUUAUUUGUGGUGAAAAGGACUACAUGUUGCAUUGGACACAACAACAUAUGCUGUACAUAUUGCAUGUUUUUUUGUUUUUUUUUGUAUAAACUGAGUGCGGAAAUGGUAUGUACAUACCACAAACACAAACAUAAAGUAUCAAUUAUAUAGAUAUAUACAGUGAGCUCCAUAAAUCUUGGGACAAAGACAUUCUUUCUUGAUUUGCAUUACAUUACAUUACAUUACAUGGCAUUUAGCAGACGCUCUUAUCCAGAGCGACGUACAACGAAGUACAGAUCAAACACAAGUACAAGUGGGAAGACGACCUGAGAGGACAGUACAGUUCCGAGUCCUAGUGUAACAAUACAGAUAUAAUCGGAACCCUUGAAGAAUACAUCAACUUCCAAACUAGCAUACCACAGUUGGCAGCUAGAAUACCCCGAGUACAACAACACAAUAACUAAUACAAAAAACAACAUCUAUACAACUAUAUAAGUGCCAUUACAGUCUAUGGCAUAUAUAAGGCUAAUCAUGGUGGUGAGUGAGGGAGGGAAAGGUGUAGCCUGAAGAGAUGAG